CGCACAAACCUUAUUGUGAUGAAUAUGGCGGAUGAAGCGAGCGGAGUUCAGCGAUCAAUUGGUAAAAUUAAGCAGUGGAUUGGCUGGUCUUGGACCUAUCUGUGGGGAUUUUGGUUCCUUCUCGUCAUUUUUCUUCUCUAUGUGCUCCGCACGCCUCUUCGCUUGAAAGAAAACUUGAAUCUAGGUGGGUCGUUGAUAUUCAUUUCGUUUAGUGGGAAAAAUCAAGAAAUUGGCGCCGUGCUAAUUUUUCUUAAAAAAUGAUUGCUCUUCCCUGCUAUAGAAGGUCAGAUCACAAUCAUAUUGAAAUGUUCAAUAAAAACAAAUUUUUUACUUAUUUUUUUCCUUUUUGAUACUUGAUUUUCUUGUUGAAGACGUGGAUUUUUUACGAGAAAAAAAUAGUAAAUGACAACUGAGACCGAUGAAAGGAUGACACUGUGAUGUCAGCUGUUUUCACCGGUUCGCGUUCUUUGUUUGCAAUCGUCAUUUGUUGUUAAUAAAACGAAUUUUCGCAUAAAACUAAUUUCAAUUUCAUCUUGAAACUUUAUCGUUUCGACGAAUUUUCCCAUAUUUUAUGUUAAAAAUAUAUCUAAUAAAACUUGAUUUGUCGAGUGACCUUUUGAUCUUCGAUGUGUAAGUGUUUGGUUGUACGCUGAAUCAUUUCCACUCAUUACCUCCAUUAUUUUGGAGUGGGAGGGGACAUCAUUUUGUCUGUUGAAUAUUGGACUUUACGUCAACCUUAAAACGUUAAAUUUUAAGUACAUGCAGUGUUAUCAUAACCAGGUAAAUUAUUUUACCAAUUUUGCUGGUGAAUUUUCCUCGCAUAUUUCGUAUUUAUUUUUCUUUAUAAAAAAUUUCUGAUCCGUAUGUCAGUAAUUAAAAGUGAUAAGGUGAUGAUCCAUUUAUCAGCUAUGACAAUGACAAUGACAAUGACAUAUCUGGUUACUUUUUGCCAAAAAUUUCAUACUAAACAGUGUUAGGUAAUUGAAACUUUUCAGUGAACCAGUGUUAGCCUUAUAAUUGAUUUGAUCCUUGAAUUAUUCUUUUAUUUGUUACUACCAUUUUGAAAUUAUAUAAAAUAUAUUAUCAGUACAAUUUAUUCAUGAAUUACUCCAUUUUUUUUUGCUCUAAAUUGCAUUUUUUUUCCAGCCAGUGAGAAACCUUUACAAGAAUAAGCAAAGCUUGUUUAAACUAAUAAUAUAAUAAAAUGACACGAAAAUGAAAGACAAAUUUUGCAAUUUUUUACAAACCAGGUCAGUACUGGAUCAAUAAAAUAUUUGAACAGACUUAAAAAGUCUUACAUUUGAGCAACUUAAUUUUUUGCGAUUUUAAAAAGGUAGUAAUAUGGUGCUAACUGAACUUUGUGUUGUGCAGUUUUGGUCUGUCUUCAAAUCAAACUUGCACUGUGCCACUGGUUCAAUUUGGAAAUCAUUAGAACCUGAAAUAAUUUUAACCAUUAACCCUUUAACUCCCAUGAGUGACCAAAGCAGAAUUUCUCCUCAAAAUAUCAAUACAAUAACAACCAGGUAAGUGAUGAGAAUAAAGAAAAAUGUCAAUUUGGGAAUAAUUAGUUGAUCCAGUAGUAAAUUCCCUGAACUAAUAUUGUAAGAAUUGUAUGGUUGACAAUAAGGAGAAUUAAAAAUUUGAUCUUGGAGUUAAAGGAUUAACACACUAACAUCAGUAUGCAUAUUCUCCUUACUUUUCCUAAACAUUUCCUAAGGUGCUGACAAUGAGAAUUUGUCAACUAAGAGCAUCUUUAGUUGGUGAUCAUUUCCUUUAUUCUCAUCACCUUAAUGUUUGAUUUAGAGGUGAUCUUGUAAGGAGAAAUUAGAUACUAGUCACUCCUAGGGUUCAAAUAGUCAAACUACUUCAUAUACUUUUAUUUGCUGCAUGAUAGGGUUUACCACAAUUGAAAUAAAUGAUAUACUUUUUCAGCUAUAUUGUUUCUCAACACACUGACUCCAAAGUUCUAUGUGGCUCUUACGGGAACAUCGUCAUUCAUCUCAGGAAUUAUUCUUGUGAGUACAAAUAAUUUUGUCUUCUUGAAGUCUUAUCGGUCUGUAUUCCUGUGUGUUAUUGACCAAGCAUGCAGUAAAUUAGUAGAUUUAUUAGUCAUCUAUCAUAAAUAUUACAAUCUGAUUGGCUACCCUGCAUACAGUCAAUUCUGAGAGAGGGAGUAACAUGAGUGGCCUAACAGGGUGUGGUUAUAAACAAAAUAAAAUAAAAACACGAGCCUGUCUUUUUAUUAACUUAUGACUGACUGGAAGAUUUAUACUAAAGCAGUUAGAUCGUUAGCUCUCUGUUUCUUUUAUUCAUUUUUUUCUAUCAAGGUCUUUAUGGACCAAGACAAAAUUCGAGUGUGUAAAGAAGUAGGAAAAAAAAAAAUCAGCCAAUAACCAGCCAACUUGGUCAAACUAGUGUGACCAAUAAGUUAAUUUAUGCAAGAUAUUUGGCAGAAAAAUAACACCAAAUGAUUACCAAAAAUUCACAACGCUUACUUUUUUUUAUCUUUUGUUUUUACCUUCUUUCAAAAACUCUGUAUUUACCCAAACUACCACAUAAACCUUUUUUGUUGUAAAAAAAUUAUGUUUAGGGGUUAUAAAGUUUGUAAACUGACCACAGGAAUUCUUUUGUGUAGAUAAAAUUCUUAGUGAUACUUGUGAACAAUUUUGAAUAAUGUUACUCGCAUUUGUUUACAUCAGAUAUUUGAGUGGUGGUACUUUCGAAAGUAUGGAACAUCCUUUAUAGAGCAUGUGUCCCUGUCACAUCUGGGACCCUUGUUAGGAAGCUCUGACAGUACUCCACAGAAUACACAGCAGAAUGUUGCAGGUGCGCUGUAUAAAAUAUGCAACAUGCUAACAAACUUUGAGUGGGAGUUCAAUUUAUGUUUGUGUCUGGCAUGAAAAGCAUAUCUCUUUUACACAUGUAUUAGAUAAACAUGACGUGUCAUUUAUGACUUGAAAGAUAAUGCUAAGCUGUUAAGUGAUUCUGGUAACUUUUUUUCUAAAACUGAUCUUUUUCGAAUUGUUAAUUAGCUUGCCUAUCUCCUCACAGCUGUUCAGUAAAAGUUUAUUAUUCAUAAACUUAUCACCACGCAAGUUAUGUAAAUGUUUCCAAAUAGUGCAUAACCACUUUAAUCUAGCAGAUGCUUUUGUAGUUCCUAUGGAAAUCAUCAAGUUCUGUUUAUUUCUAUCCUAAAUGCAGAAAAACCUAUCUACAGAAUUUUGCAGUACUUGUCUAUUCACUGAUAUGGAAGACACAUUCUAUUUUGAAUUUUUAGAGUGUAAAGUAUGGAGAAAUCCUGGGAAUCUAUUCCGAGGCGCCGAGUAUAAUAGGUGGGUGUGCUGCUUUCAGUCUUUCCAACCCUGGUACACCAUUAGAUCUGAAAAAACUUUAAUAAACAUUUACCUAUGACAGGUAUUACUGGGUGACUGGGAAGGAGCCGUUAACUUAUUAUGACAUGAAUUUAUCAGCUCAGGAUCACCAGGUAUUAAUUUUGUUACAAAAUAAACAUAGUGCAUAUUCAGGGUAAUACAGUAUUAUCAACUGAGUUGAUAAUGUAAAUUGGCUACAGUAAAGAGUUUCAAAGUUGAUAAUACUAAAGUACCCUGUUAUACUCUCUCACCAACGCAGCAACACAGUUUCUUUAGAAACUGACCCUUUUAUCCAUGAUGCAUAAUUACACGGAUUAGUCCCAUCGAACUCCUUUUUGAAGCAAUUUAUUAAACCAAGAAGGAAAGUCUGAGGCAGUAAAUUAUGAUCACUAUAUGCAAAGUUUUAAAGUUAUCCUAACAUCUCUAUAAUGUGGUUAGCAUUUUUUAUUGUGCUUUUUGCACCUCACAAGUAAUUAUAUAUGUGAUCAAACUGAGAGGAAAAUUUCUAGUGUAACUGAGUACAUGUCAUGAAUGUUGAUGUCAAGCAUAAAGAUGUAUUUGAAAAAAUUGCAAUAACUUGUUGAAUUUGUUUAAAACAUGUUUUGUUUGUUUGUUUGUUUGUUUGUUUGUUUUUUCAUGGAAGACCUUCUUUACUUGUGAUGCUGAUGCCGAAAGCUCUGAUCCCUCUGAUGAGUGUGAGUAUUAGCAUCUAAAGCUGUUCAGAACUGUUUGGGAGGGCUAUAUGGAAGUAUUAAGGACUUGCCAGUCAUGAUAAGUUAGCACAAAAAGUUAUUAAGAAAUUGUGUUGACAUUUAACAACUGUCUGCUUCUACUGAUACUUUAACCCUUUAUACCCUGGCCUCAGAAUGUAUAUUCUCUAUAGUGUUCUUUAUGCAUUUUCCAAUGUACUGACAAGGAGAAUUUGUUUGACAAUCAAGAGAUUCUUUAGAUUGGUGAACAUAUCCUUUUUGCAUCUAAUUUGAAAUCAGUGGUGAUCCUUGUCAUUGGCUCUCAUCAAUGCGAUUAAUUCAAAAAUCACACCAUUUGUUUCCUUUAAGUCAUGUCUUUUUCUCAGCCAAUGACACUGCUUUACUAAAAGAAAACAACCAAUCAGAUUUCAAAGCUUUGUUAAAAUUACAAAUCAAAUUAGAGGAAAAUGAAGGACAACUUUUCAACUUUGUAGAAACCAGCUCAGCACUGGAGCAGUAAAAUAUUUGUACAGACCAAAAAAUCCUGUAUUUGAGUGACUGAAUUUUUUUAUUUCAAAAUGGAUGUAGCAAUAAAGUGAUAAUUGAACUUUAGAUUGUGCAAUUUUGGUCUGAAAUCAUACCUGUGAUUUUAAAUCACACUUGUGCAGCAUGCUCAUUCAAUUUUGAAAACACUCAUAUAAUGCACAGCAUGAAGUUCAAUUACCAUUAUUUAUUCUUGUCUAUGUAAUGAGUGAUUCAGGGGUGAUAAUGUGAGGAGAAAUUCAAUGCCAAUCACUCCCAAGGGUCAAAGGUUAAUUUUCCUUAAAACUUAUUUCUUACCUGCAGGCUUUUUUUUUUCUCUUCAUAAUUCUAUGCGGAAAUUCGUACUUAUUUGAUGAAUUAUUUUCAGUGUUGGGUGUUGAAACAGACCAGUAUUAAUACUGAAUAUUUUAAAUGUUCUAUUUUUUAGUAAUGUUAAGAGCAUGGCGAGAAAGAGAUCAAGAAAAGAGAAUCAAAACAGCUCACCAAGCUUUAGAACAUAAUGCUAAGUAUGUAUCAUGAAAAGACUGUUUUCAGUUCUUGGCCAAAAGUGUUAACUCCCAAACUAUGAUUGUUAAUUCUUCUCUCUAGCUGCUAUACAUUUCCUUGUAAAUUUGUAAGGAGAAUUUGGUGUUAGAUCAAGAUAACUUCUACCCAAUGAGUUUGAGUAUCCUGAUUGCCUGUUUGCUGGAUAAUGUAUGGAUAUUUAAGAGACAUGUUACAUGUUAAUCUCUUUUGAGACUAAAAGGGUUAACUUAAUAUCGAUAGAAAUCUGUUAGCAUUCCAGUAAUCACAAAAAAAGUAUCAGAAACAACAACUCUCCAUAUAUUGUUAUAAAUUUGUUUAUUUUUUUUAAACAGUAGUCCGACAGCACUUAUUUUAUUAGCUGAAGAGGAGGCUCAAACAAUUCUAGAGGUGAGGGAAAAAAGAGAUGUUUUUGAAUUAUAAAAAAAAAAAAAAUUGGAUGUCUAGGAAAUAUCACUACCCCUUCUAAGAAGGGUUAGAUUUAGUUUAAUACCUUUCCACCCCUCCCCUAGCUCUUUGGUUGGCUAUCUUGCACACCCCUCUUAGGAAUUUCUAAUUUUGCCCUAAAAUCCCAAGAUCUGAUUGUUGAUUCUGCCCUCUAGCUGCUACACAUUUCCUUGUAAAUUAUUACAAUAAUUUGGUGGAAGAUCCAGAUAACAAGUUUUAACUGAUAUGUUUGAGUAUCCUCACUACUUGUUUUUUGGAUAAUGUAAGGGUAUUAAAGGGAGAAGUUACAUGUUAAUCACUUCUGAGAGUUGAAGGGUUGAUGAGGUAAGUAAGGUUAUCUCUUGCAACUAAAUCCAAGGUUUACAAUGGCUUUAACCCUUUAACUUUCAUGAGUGAUCAAGACAGAAUUUCUCUGUGCAGUAUCAAUUCAUUAUUAAGCAGAGAAGCAACGAGAAUACAGAAAAAUGUCAAUUAGGGCAUCAUUACAUGAUUCAAUACCAAAUAUUCUGAACAAAUAUCUUAAGAAUUCUAUGGUAGACUGUAAGGAGAAUUGCCAAUGAGGUCUUGGGAGUGAAAAACUUAACUAAGGGUAAAAAGGGAGAUUUUCCUCCAUAUCAUCCAUGUUUGCUCAUUUCCAGGCUGAAAAGUUGUUCAAACAAGCACUGAAAGCCAGUGAAGCUUUGUUACGGAACAAUGCCACAGUGAACCCAGACACAAAAGAAGAAGCCCUACACAGUGAGUGAAAAUUCUUGAUGAUGAAAUUGUGUUAGUGAAAACAACAAUGAUAAUCAUUUAUAACUGCAAUUCUAUCAAUGAUAAUUAUUGUUGUUGAUGAUUAUAAUUAUGAUAAUAAAUGAUAAUAAUAAUAAUCAUCAUCAUCAUCAUUAUCAUAAUAAUAAUAUUAAAAUAACAAUUCUUUAUUCACUAUGAUCACUAAAAAGUAAUAAUAAUAUAAUUAUAGUAGUAAUAGCAAUAAUUUCAGAAAUUCUGCUGUGAUGGCAAAACAAGAAUUUGAUGUUGUUUCAAUAAUGAGCUUAGAUCAUGUUUUUAUUUUUGUUUUUGCUUUGUUUUUUUUUUUUUUCAAACUUAAGAACUUGAUUUAGAAAAUGAUGUUUUGUAGUCUCUUUAUGUUCAUUGUCAGCCUGUUUCAGAAGCUUUUUCCCCUCAUAAGUGAUAGAAAUGAGCCAUCCCCUUUGUGCAUCAGAAUAUUUCAAGUGCAGAGACCAUUAGACCUCUUAGUUUUGUUGAUGUUGUUUUUGUUGUUUUUAUUCUAGGAAGAGACACCAAUGUCUGUGUUUAUAUAAGACGAAGACUAGCCAUGUGUGCAAGAAAACUUGGAAGAGUAAAGGAAGCCAUUAAAAUGAUGAGAGAUGUAUGUUUGAUUCUCUAAACUUUACAUAUUCAUAAUUGUAAUUGCUUGAUGAUGACUUAGCUUUUGCUUUUAGGUGCCAGGGGAAAGGCAGUGGCCAAAUGCUGAGUCCACUGGACUAUGGGUUGAGAGGUCAUCGUGUUGUGUUCUUGUGCAAAAUAGGGGAGAGGGGUGGGGGGGAGUAGUCUUGUCUUGCCAUGAAAACUGGGAUAAGCUCUGCCUAGAUGAGCCACCUGGCACAAGUUCAGACUGAUACUUUUAAGUACUGAGACUUCUGUUUUCUGUGACAAAAGCUAUCAUGCGCUUGGAAGUACUUCUUGAAGCACAGCUCUGUCACUGAUCAGUAACCACUUCAGAUCAAUUUGCAUAUAUGUGAUCUAUUGCUUUUAUUUUUUUUUAUUUUUUUACUUGAGUCUUUACCUUACUGAGUCAUUCCUUUUUUUUUUUUUGCAGCUCAUGAAAGAGUUUCCUCUUAUGAGUGUUCUUAACAUCCACGAGAAUCUUCUGGAGGCUUUGCUUGAAAUGCAAGCUUACUCAGAAGUACAGGUAAUGAAAUAAACGAGAGAGCUGCUUGACUCUUGUAAAGAUAAAUAAAAGAUUUGUUACUCCCCAUGUCAGAGUGUUAUACACUUGUCUUUAUACUUGCUUGUAACGCAUUUCUAUUUUUCUUUAACAGCAAGUUUUAGCUAAAUAUGAUGGUAAGUGUUUUAAAUCUGUAAUUUUUUUGUUAAUUUUUGUUUGUUUAUUGGUUUGUCUUUUUUUACUCUUUGUCCCGCUAAAGUAUAUUAAUUGCUUUUUUUUCCUUGUCAAGAUAUAAGUCUUCCAAAGUCGGCUACAAUAUGUUACUCUGCUGCACUUCUCAAGGCCAGAGCUGUCUGUGACAAGUAAGAAAACAGGCUUGUGGGUGCAUUGCUAGUUGUUAAAUGAGCUUUUGUUUUGAAAUGGGAAACUUCUCAAAGGUGGCAGGUCUCUCGAAAGAAAGAGUGGCAUGAAUAGGAAUUUAUGUUAAAUAUUUUGUAACUGGAAUUGCAUUAAAAUUCUGGCUGAAGGUGAAGAAUGUUCUUUUCACUCGAUGUUUUUUGUGAAAAGAAGCAGUUUUUCCUAUGUCGUUUUUUGGCGUCAGGGUUUCAGCGAAAUGAAUUGUAUUAAAUUUACCUAAUGUCGCUGACUGUAUGCUCCGGGAAACCACCAGUUUUCAAAUGGCGAAAGAGGUUUUAAGGCUAAAGUUGACAUGGCAACCCCAUUUCUCUUUCAACCCAAUACUGUUGACCUCCCAGACCCACAGUGUAUUAACUUGUGACUUCUUCUCGAAGUAUCAUUGCGUUUAUGACAAAAAAGGGAACGAGAAGAGAAACACUGAUCAGUUAAAGGGUAUUACAUAGAAAUAAUAACAAAUUAUUUUUACCCAUUUAUGAAAAUGUCUAAAACUUGAAGAAGAAGAAAGCUUCGGAUGGUGGGAGUGAAAGGAUCAAAGCACCAGAUUCCAGAGACUCCUUUCAUGGAUUAGGAGGGUUAGGGUUUCACAAUUAUUCCUCUUUGCUUUACAGAUUCUCUCCUGAAAUUGCAGCCAAAAGAGGGCUAAGUCCAGCGGAGAUGGCUGCAGUAGAAGCCAUACAUAGAGCGGUGGAGUUUAAUCCUCAUGUUCCUAAAGUAAGAAUUUGGCCAAUUGUUAGUUUGUUACCUUGUCAUUAAUCACUUGUGCCCCUUUUGUUGCUUUCUCGCCGAUCGUUAAUUAUUUUGCACCCAGCCUUGCUUAUUAUUUCCACCUUGUUGAGGGAAACUGACCAGAGAAAUUACUUCUAGUGGUUAAAGUAUUUUUCUCAGUCGAAUUUUUCUCAAAACACUGGUUAGCCUUGGCAGGAUGUGGUCACAUGAUUUAAACGUUGAUUAAGAAGUGGAAUGGAAGUCAGACAUAAUUUUUUCCAAAAUAAUUUACGUCGUUUAAUCAGAUCUCUGAUUGGCCAAGGGACCUAGACGAUUGACAAUAAAUUUUCUCUUUAUUAAUGUUGUCGCGAGAUUUGAAAAACCAAAGAAACGUCGGCUAUGUGUGUCACUUCUGUCGCUGCUUGUCUUAUGAUUGGAUGAGAAAUAGGAAACCAUCCAAAAAUUUCUUGGCGGCGGAUCUGUUGCCUGUCACGCACACUCUUAAGUUCAUUAUUUUUUUUAUCUUCUCUGUUUUUAUUGUUAAUUUUUUUUACAGUAUCUCCUGGAACAGAAGAGUUUGAUUCUUCCUCCAGAGCAUAUUUUAAAACGAGGAGACAGCGAAGCGAUAGCGUACGCGUUUUUCCAUUUACCUCAUUGGAAAAGAGUGGAAGGCGCGCUCAAUUUACUGCACUGUACUUGGGAAGGAAGUAUGGGUGUUUUUUUUCCUUUUUUUUUUACUGCCACGAUUUUAUAAGAAUAUCUUGCUGUCUUACAAUGCAAUCAAUGUAUUGUGGAAUUUUGAGUAGAUUUAAGUGACUUUUUCGAGUUUCGUAGAACCAAGGCCAAAAUAAUGGCAAUGAUCAAUCACCACGAUGAAAAAUUUGUUACUGGAAGUUAAUGAAAACUCACACUUGAAUCAAGCAAAUUGCGCAAAGCGCUGGAAAACGCGGCUGACCAAUGCAGACCAUUCGCUCUGACGAAGGGCUAACGCUCGUAAUGUCAGCUUUGAAACUCUUAACGGUGGCCACUGUAGGUUAUCAACUCAGUUACCAAUACAAAAUUACCCUUAAAUUUGCAUAAUAGAGCAGUUUGCACCCCAGCGUGAUUUGCAAAAUUAUUUCCGUCUGAAACCCAAACCAGGGUAAGUGGUCAUGCUAAAACCAGUCUCUUAUCAGUGAGCAAUUCUCACCGCUUGUAUAAUUUGUAUUUUCAUACUGAAUACUGUUCGGUAAUCUUCCUUAUGCUAAUUUGCUCUCUAUUUUUUCGGUUAAGGAAGGGAAGUUUUUACGUACCACAUAUUUUUUUCUUUACGCAGCAUUCCGUCUCGUCCCCUACCCACUGGAGAAGGGACAUUUAUUUCAUCCGUACCCAGCAUGCACCGAAAACGCUGACAGAGAACUUCUUCCAAGUAAGGUUUAGUCUAUUCCUUCCCAGCUCUCCUUUCAGGUUUUUCCAGGAGUAAGGCUUAUUUUGACCUUGUCAUGGCAUUGACAUGGAACCACUUAAUAUCAUAACAGAGGAGUUAUCGAUAUGAGGGGCCAUAAGCUUUGAAUCAUGGGUAGGUAACCUUCAGCCUCGACCUGGUUCAGAAGCUUGGUGACUGAGCACAAAACUUUAAAUGGAUUGCUGUUCUCAGCUGAGAUGAUGCUGUUCUUUUGAAAUAACAUUACAUAGUGUUAUAUAUGGAAGAAGACAUGUCUACUUUCACUAUAGUGUAGUUCUGUUUUGUUUCAGAUCAUCACGAAUUGUCCGUUUAUCCCAAAAAAGAACUUCCUUUCUUCAUUCUCUUUACCGCUGCCCUCUGUUCGUUCACUGCAAUGCUGGCUCUUCUCACGCAUCAGUUCCCUGAGCCCAUGGCUAACGCGGCCAAAACGGUAAGUGAAGAAGAAUAAGGACCACUGUCUUAGGCUCACAUUACUAUCAGGGACCUGUUGAUUCUAAUGGAAACGCGAGUGCAAGACCAAAAUGUUUUCGACAGCGAAACGGUGGACGCGAAUGAACGCAGAAAACAAGGGAACUAGUCAGUAUUUUAUGUGGCCUCUAAGCAGGCUCUCAUCAAUAGCAUUUCGGCACGAGAGUUUCUUCGGCACGCGUGUUUCUUCGGCACGAGCGUUCCAUCGGCACGAGCGUUUCAUCGGCACGAGAGUUUCUUCGGCACGAGCGUUUCAUCGGCGCGAGUGUUUCUUCGGCUCGAGCGUUUCUUUACCCGCGGAAAAGUAGGAAGGCCUUGAGCAACGCGAGCCGGCGAGGGGUCUUGGACUGAUAAGCAUUUGUGCCAGGCCCCAGGAAACCUCUCGCGGACUCGUCUCAAAUAUUCGCGCGGGUGGAGAAACCUGCGUCCUACAGCGUUAAUAAUCAGAGUGUUCUCGUAGGCUAAAUGUUUUUUGCAACGCAAAAAUCUUUGAAUCAUUGAAGCUAUGAUAAGUUGGCCUCUUGUUUUUGCUUUCCCUUGGAGCUUUUUUUGUUGUGGUAUUGUUUCAUUGUUUAAGGAUUUUUUUUUUUUCCUUUUUGCUUGUAAGUUUUUUUUCUUUAGCAGUUUUCUCUUUGUUCUAUUUCCAGUGCUUGAGCUGGAUAUCAACACCGUUAAACCUAAUCAUACAGAAAUUUGAAGAUUUCUUUCCGGCCCACAUUUGGCACCAGUUGACGCGCAUCUGA